UUGUUAUGUUACAUUUGUGUCGUACCCUUUGCUAUUACUCUCAAAGCACUAAAUUGCUCCUGGGAUGUAUUUUAUUUAACGAGGAAUAGGUUUAUUACAUUAUUAUAUCAAAUAUAAAUAAAAUGGAAAAGAGUGUAUCGGAAUGGAAAAACGUUGAUCUCUUCUAUACAAUCGCCCUACCAUUUGUAAAAUGUCCGACCACUGCAGAAAUAUUGUGCUACUGCUUUAACGAAUCAAAAACUACCACAGAGGAAAUCCAAAUAAGAUUAGUAAUAUGCGAACAAAACGGAAAUAUUCUUGUAUACCUUUCGAAUUGGGAAUGUAUUACCUUUAAAUGUCAAGCAAGACCGGAUACUAUCACUCUUUGCUCCAUUACAUCAAAUAACUGGCUUGCAACUGCGACACCAAUAUCCAAUUGUGGUAUUCACAUUGAUAUAUACGAUUUAAGAAAACUAACCAAAAAACAAGGAGCUCCAAUAAUUGCGUCCGCAUAUUUUCAAGUCACAACCAUAGGAUUUGAGAAUGGUGAUAUUCUCUUGCAUUCUGGAAAAGUUACGCGAAAUUUUUCUGCAAGUAUUCGCAAGCAUACUGUAAGUGGAUACGCAAUAAAUGGAAUACAUUUUGACAUUAAUAACCUUGAUUCAGAUCCCCCAACUCAAAUUAUGUUUGUAACAUGUAUUCAAGGAGUGUAUUGUUUCGUGUUGAAAGAAAAAAGUUGUAUAGAUCAAGCAUUUAUUCUCGAUAAUGAUAAAAGUAAUCACUGCAGUACGAUGCGCAAAGCUGGAGACGGUGUUGAAGAGUCGAUGUUGGUAGUGGGACGGGCAGAUGCUAUAUAUUGCUAUACCCGUGAAGGAAGAGGUCCUUGUUUUGCUAUCGAAGGCACAAAGAAAUGUCUUGCUUGGGUAGGUCAUCACCUAAUCGUCGCCACGAGAAAAUCGUGUUUAAAGCAAAACAUGUCGAUUCUAAUUGUAGAUACAGAAAACAAAAUUAUAGUUUUUCAAAAGCAACUACAAGAAUUGUUCUACAUAAUCAGCGAAAAUAAUUUUUGCUUUAUUAUAAACAAUGCUCAUGUCGUAAAUACUUGCAACGUAUUAAUGUUAGAGCAGCUCAAUAUGAGUAAAAAAAUACGUCGGUUAAUUGAACAGAAUAUGUACAACAUAGCAUUAAGGUUGUUACAUCGAGAAGGCUAUUCUAACACACCGGAAGCUGCUUUCGUAAGGUUUCAAUACGGAAAUCAUUUAUUACUAAAAGGCGAAAUAAGUAGAGCUGUUGAAGAAUUUAUUAAAACAAUUGGUUUUGUUAAACCCUAUUCUGUAAUUUCAAAACUUUUACAUUCUAGAUACAAUAAUUAUCUAAUAGACUACUUAUCUGAAUGGAAAAAAAUUAACGGGACUAUAAGCAACCACACAAAACUAAUUGAAUGUUGCAUUAAUCGUGAGCAAGUUAAGCAUAAAAUAGACCAGCUAUCUCAUGGAGUUGAACCCUUGAGUUUAACAAGCAAGCCGGAAAAAAGAAAUCUUUCAAAUUUAUCAAAAAUAUAUUUUGAAUGGAAACUUCAAAAUCAGAGCAGAGUUGGAGAACAUUUAUUGCAUCGAUUUUUGGAAUAUGGACCAGAAUCUCUAUUAGUAGAUCCUACUACUUAUUUAGAAAACAUAAAAACGGAACAUUUAAAUACACCCGAAAAUGUUCUUUUAUUUUUUUCCAUUUUGCCACAACAAAACGAUUACUGUGCCAAAAUGUUAGCUGAAAUCAUUGAAAAAUUUCCCAGUUGUAACAAAAAAUUAAAUUUGUACUUACUUGUUCUCUAUCUUGUUUUAUGGCGAGGAAAGAAAGUUACUAAAAAUAUUAUUUUAGAGUUUUUAAGAAAAGAAUGCUUGCCUUUGGACAAAGUUUUAAUUAUUUGUAGGCUGUAUUCGUUUUUUAUUGGGAUACAAGAAACGACUAAUAACCAAAAGAACGAAACAUUGCAUCAUGAAUUAGUUAAUAAAUGUAUACAAACACUAAUUGAAAAUAAUCCGGAAGCGGCUUUAAAUUUUAAUUUAAGUAAAAUAACAUUUCUUAUGAUGCUUAAAAGUUUUUGCUCUAGUGAUAAAAUAAAAGCAUUGCAGAUAAAAUCUGUCCUAAGGGAAAGAAUAAUUGGCGAUAUAGUUGAUUCAGCUAAUGAAACCAAGUUAAUUAAAGAUUUUAAUGAUAAGAUAACAAGAUCUAGUUCGAUGCUGUCUCUCUAUACGAACAAUCCAAUAGAAUUUCGUAAUGAUUCAUGUGACACUUGUCGUGAAACCUUGAAUACGCAGUCCAUUUACUUUCUUUGUCAACAUUCCUUUCAUAAAGAAUGCCUUAAUUAUAACUCAACCAAACGGGUGUGUGCUGUUUGCAAAACAAAAAGCAAUUUGGGGAAAAUAAAAAGUGUAAUAAAUAUUAAUUCUGAACCCUUAAAUAUUAUUAAUGUGAUUGCAAAAGUAGUAGCUAUAGGAAUUAAAAAGCAAGGAAGUGAAAGUAUAAUUCAAAAAUCUGUUAAAACCAUAGCGGAAAGGAAUUACCCAAAAGGACGUCAAGGCAAAAGCGAAUCCGCUACAUUUAAUAAUCUUUUCGAUUAAAAAUUCAUAUUUUAUGUCCCCCACAUUAACACGUUUUAAUUUAUGUAUUUAAUAUAA